GAGGGACUCCAGAGAAUGUCAGCGAAGAGGAAGGAGCAGGAGCAGGUGCGCCGUGAGGCAACGGAGGACCUGGCCGAGGAUCUGUCAGAAGCCGCAGACACUCUCGGCGAGCUGGUGCCGGUGGAAACGGCCAAGAAGAAGUUCCAGAGGAACUUCUCUGACGUCACCGUAUGGUCUGAUGACAAUAAGGAGAAGAAGCUUUACACUGUGCUCAUCAGUGUGCAUGGUCUUGUCCGUGGUGAAAACAUGGAACUAGGUCGGGAUUCAGAUACAGGUGGCCAGGAGAAAUACGUUGUUGAACUCGCAAGAGCGCUGUCAAUGAUGCCUGGUGUGUACAGGGUAGACCUCUUCACUCGUCAAGUGUCCUCUCCUGACGUGGACUGGAGUUAUGGGGAGCCUACUUGUUGGAGUAUAUUGAGCCCAUGUGUAUUUCCAUUCAUUGAUGGAGAGGGGAUGGGUGAGAGUGGCGGGGCGUACAUUGUGCGCAUACCGUGCGGGCCAAGGGAUAAAUACCUCAAGAAGGAAGCAUUGUGGCCUUACCUCCAAGAGUUUGUUGACGGAGCUCUUGGGCAUAUCCUGAACAUGUCCAAGGCUGUGGGAGAGCAGGUUGGCAAUGGGAGACCAGUCCUACCUUAUGUGAUCCAUGGCCACUAUGCCGACGCUGGAGAUGUUGCUGCUCUUCUUUCCGGGGCGUUGAAUGUACCGAUGGUGCUCACUGGUCAUUCCCUUGGGAGGAAUAAGCUGGAGCAACUGCUCAAGCAAGGGCGCAUGUCCAAGGAGGAUAUUGAUUCAACCUACAAGAUCAUGAGGCGUAUUGAGGGUGAGGAGCUUGCAUUGGAUGCGUCAGAGCUUGUCAUCACGAGCACAAGACAAGAGAUUAAUGAGCAAUGGGGAUUGUACGAUGGAUUCGAUGUCAAGCUUGAGAAAGUGUUGAGGGCAUGGGCGCGGCGUGGUGUUAGUUGCCAUGGCCGUUUCAUGCCUAGGAUGGUGGUGAUCCCUCCUGGAAUGGAUUUCAGCAACGUGAUUCCAGAAGACAUUGAUGGAGAUGGUGACGGCAAAGAUGAUAUCAUUAGUUUGGAGGGCGCUUCACCAAAGUCGAUGCCCCCAAUUUGGGCUGAGGUGAUGCGGUUCCUAACCAAUCCUCACAAGCCGAUGAUCCUGGCGCUGUCGAGGCCUGACCCAAAGAAGAACAUCACCACCCUCGUCAAAGCAUUUGGAGAGUGCCGCCCACUCAGGGAACUUGCAAAUCUUACUCUUAUCAUGGGGAACAGAGAUGACAUUGAUGAAAUGUCUGCUAGCAACGCAAGUGUCCUCACCACAGUUCUGAAGCUGAUUGACAAGUAUGAUCUAUGUGGAAGCGUGGCAUUUCCCAAGCAUCACAACCAAGCUGACGUUCCAGAGAUCUACCGCCUUGCAGCCAAAAUGAAGGGCGUCUUCAUCAACCCUGCUCUCGUUGAACCAUUUGGUCUCACCUUGAUAGAGGCUGCAGCACAUGGACUCCCGAUAGUUGCCACCAAGAACGGCGGUCCUGUCGACAUUACAACUGCGUUGAACAACGGGCUGCUAGUUGACCCGCAUGACCAGAACGCCAUCGCCGACGCGCUACUGAAGCUUGUAGCGGACAAAAACCUGUGGCAGGAGUGCCGGAGGAACGGGCUGCGCAACAUCCACCUCUACUCGUGGCCGGAGCACUGCCGCACGUACCUCACAAGGAUUGCUGGGUGCUGGUUAAGGAACCCGCGGUGGCUGAAGGACACACCGGCCGACGCUGGUGCCGAUGAGGAGUUGCUGGAGGACUCCAUGGACGCCCAGGACCUUUCGCUCCGUCUGUCCAUCGACGGUGAGAAGAACAUAUCAGAUGGAGAAAGGCUUAUAUUGGGGAUCUCUUCAAUUUUAUCCUGA